UCCCGCCUCUCUACGGAGGCCGUGAGGAGGCUUGCAGUCACUCAGUCGUGGUGGGUCUCCACCCGAGAGUAUGGCGGCGGCAAGCGAAAAGGAGAGAGAAAGGGGCGAUUGAGGGCUUGAGUGAGGGAGGGUGAGAGACAGGCUGUUAUGGAAAGAAAGCAAGAUGAAAGGGAAGUACAGGGCAAGGAACGUCUUAGAUUAUGUCAGUUUACUUCCCUUUUAGUUUCUUUAGUUAAAUUGCAUCACUGUCAAAUAUAUAUUUUUUUAUUUUCACCAACUGUUGUAAGAUCAUGCAUGUAACUGUUUUUUCACACUCCCUGGAAGGCACAGUUUGAUUUUAUUUUCCCUGAAAUUCAAUUUUUUUUCUUUCGAAAUGACUUGUUAGGAGCUGCAGGCUGUUUACAGCCUCUUUUUCUUCUAUGCCGUUCAGACAUAACUGUUUACUGGAGUGCAUUAGUGCCGGUAUUUCCUUUAUCUUAGUUUUACUGUUUGUAUACCUGUUUGGAUUUGGAUCAGUAGAUGGACAGUCUGCAGUGCUGAGUUUGGACUGUUGGAACCGCUUCUUCUGGUGUUUCGUGUGAUCUCCGCUAGCCAGAAACGGCAAUGCGCGAAUACAAGGUGGUGGUGCUUGGGAGCGGUGGGGUGGGCAAGUCUGCAUUGACUGUGCAGUUUGUCACUGGCACUUUUAUUGAAAAGUAUGACCCAACUAUCGAGGAUUUCUAUCGCAAAGAGAUCGAAGUGGACUCCUCUCCUUCCGUCUUAGAGAUCCUGGAUACCGCUGGCACAGAACAGUUCGCUUCCAUGCGGGACCUGUACAUCAAGAACGGACAGGGCUUCAUCUUGGUGUACAGCCUUGUCAACCAGCAGAGCUUCCAGGACAUAAAGCCCAUGAGGGACCAGAUCAUCAGGGUCAAACGGUAUGAGAAGGUACCUGUAAUACUGGUUGGGAACAAAGUUGACUUGGAGAGCGAGCGAGAAGUGUCAUCAAGUGAAGGUAGAGCACUGGCUGAAGAAUGGGGUUGCCCCUUCAUGGAGACUUCUGCAAAAAGCAAAACCAUGGUGGAUGAACUCUUUGCUGAGAUUGUCAGACAGAUGAACUAUGCGUCACAGCCAGACAAGGACGAUCCAUGUUGUUCUGCAUGUAAUAUACAGUAGCAAAAAGCAGUUAAAGUGCUUAUAACUUCUGGAGUUUUAUUUCUUAGCUGGUGAAAUUAAAAACAUCUGCAUCACUGAUCUACUCUUUGGUAUACCAUGGGUGGGGGUCAGGUGUUAAACAGGAAAAUAAUUUUAGAGUGUGUAAGUCAGAUGUGCUCUAAGUUCCUGAUACAAGGUUUGUGGUUUUAAACAGCAAAUAAUGCAAGAUGUGUGAAGAUCUGGUCUGUUAUGGAUUCUUCUUGGCAUCUGUGCAUUACAGUUACUGGGUAGAGUAAAGGCAUGCCACCCCUGUAUGUGAUACUGCACUACUUUCUUCAUGGAAGUAGUUCAGUAGUGUAUGAAAUAGCAGUCAGAAUGGCUGUACAUUACCUAUGAGAUGAACAAAGCAGAGCCUUUGACUUCUGUAACCACUGGUUAUUAGAAAAUACAAGAAACAUACUUUUUUCAGACAGUUUUGCCAGCAAGAACAGAAGUAUACCCUUGGCGUUUUAUAAAAAAAAUGCCAGAAGUAGUUAGGCAGCAGCAGCAACAACACUGUAAGAGACGGAUAGCUGUCAGGUGCUGCAGAAGUACUGUGUUUGCAAACAGUCAUUUUGAAGCAGCAAAAUCUAUGCUGUUUUAUUUUUUUUUCCCAUAAUGCAGACAUGCCCACAAGCUUUGUAACUGGAUGACCUUCUGUCACUUCUGCUCUACCUUACAUUCAUAGAUACCUGAAACAUUGCUGCUGUUGUGUACACAUGAUGGAUAACCCAUUGUUUACAUAGCAGGAUACCUUUUUUUCCCCUACACAUGGUAGAAAGCUGAGACACUGAUGUCAUUUAGCCUUAUCAACAAGUGGCAUUUCAAUACUUUUGCCAGUGUCAUUGCAUCAGGAAAAUAAAGCCAUGAUUUUAUUAAAUUUUCUUUUCAUGAAUUUUUCCAGACAGUUAAGAAACCACAUUAAAGAGAAAUGUUUGCACAAGG